AUUCAGAUGCGUCCUGUUUUGCACCUUAUCCUUCCCAUUCAAAAUCCCUUCUCGUCCCCCGAUUCUGACUGAAAUUUUCGUUUUUUCGUCUAAAUAAGAAGCCCUAACAAUCAGCUGCAACUGUUCUCUCUUUCAAUUUUGGUGUUCUGGAAGCUGUGGAUUACUUAUGGAAGUUAUCUGGUAUGAUUUCACUUGCUUGCUUUGAUAUACUUUUUUCUGCUUUUGCCGGAUUGGACGGAUUUGAGUUUUUGGUGUUAUAAUUUGAGAGAGGGGGAGAUGUCUGUUGAGAGAUCAUUCGAAGCAUGGGAAGAGGUACAUCGACACGGAUUGGAUUUAGCUGAUAGGUUAACACAGGGUUUUACGGAUUUGAUUCAUCGGCAAAUCACUCCUCCAUCCUUUACGUGGCCAAAUCCUGAUCCACACAAGCUCUUUGAUGUCGAAUUUCAUACUCAGAGUUUUAUGGAACGAGAUUUCAGGCUUUUGGUUGACAAUACUAGUCACGGGAUUAAUGGCGUUUCGGCGAUUUUUGAUAUUGGGAGUAAGUUAGGUCAAGUUGGGGCGGACUUUGGGGCAAGUUUGAAUGGUGUUGUUCAGCAGUUUUUUAGGAGGUUGCCGAUGCCAUUUCGGCAUGAGGAAGAUACUGUGAUGUUAAGGGUGGAUGCUGGUGUACAGAGGGCUGCUGAUUUAGGGAUUAAUACGCAAGUUCAUGAGGAUCUGGGUACACUGGCUAAAAGGUUUAAGGAUUUUGGGUUUGAGGAAACUGAGAAGGGGAAAGAUGGGUCUGGUGGGGAGGAGGUUGCUGGAGUUAAUUUGAAGGCUGCUGGCUUUUCUGGCAAAAGUCAGGGAAUACUUAACUUUUCAACGAUGUUUGAUGGUCGGACUUGUGGUGUGGAAAGUUCUUUGGCUGCAAGGGGAGAUUUCUGGAGGGUAGAAGCAUCACAUGGCAGUACCACUUUAGGAAAUGGGAAUUCAUCCCUUUUCCUAGUCCAGCUUGGACCAGUACUCUUCAUUCGUGAUUCAACUCUUCUUCUGCCAGUUCAUUUGUCGAAACAGCAUUUGCUUUGGUAUGGUUAUGACAGAAAGAAUGGAAUGCAUUCUCUUUGUCCAGCUGUGUGGUCGAAACAUAGAAGAUGGCUAUUGAUGUCGAUGCUAUGUCUUAAUCCUUUGGCUUGUUCGUUCAUGGAUUUGCAGUUUCCGAAUGGUCAGGUAACAUACGUUGCUGGUGAAGGUAUAUCCACCAGUGCAUUCUUACCCCUUUUUGGUGGUCUGCUUCAAGCACAAGGCCAAUAUCCAGGAGAAAUGAGGUUCAGUUUCUCAUGCAAGAAUAAGUGGGGAACACGCAUCACACCUAUGGUACAAUGGCCUGCAAAAUCGUUUACUUUAGGUUUUGAACAAGCUUUGGCUUGGAAAAGAUCCGGUCUCAUGGUGAGGCCAACGGUCCAGUUCAGUUUACAGCCAACAGUUGGUGGAAGCAAUCCUGGAGUGAAGGCGGAAGUUGUGCAUUCUUUGAAUGAGGAACUGAGUCUCAUUGGCGGUUGUUGUUUAGUCUCACAUCCUUGUGCAUUUGCAUCACUAUCAGUAGGUAGAUCGAAGUGGAACGGGAAUGUUGGGAAAUCAGGGAUAGUAUUGAGAGCUGAAACGCCUCUUACGGGUGUUGGUCGGCCUUCUUUUUCAGUUCAGUUAAAUACUGGUAUCGAGUUUUAGAGACAUAAUUGUCGUUCGCUCCAUGUAUGUAUAUAUAUAUGUAAGGAUGGUUUUGUGUAUCUACGCCGACUUUGUAAACAUGUUACGAACGGUGGUACCAAACCUGUAUCCCAAUUUGGUGCUCAAAACUUCUAUAUAUAGAACAUACAUUUUGUGUAGUGGUUUCUUCUGUUCAGUGGUCUAAUUAAGUAAAUCUAUGUUCUUUCUU